AUGGCUAAUAGGAGACGCAGGAAUAACGCUGGGGCUGAUGAGAUUGCCAAUGCAAUCCAUAGGAUGGUGGACGCGAUGCAGCUUGUUACAGCCCAGCCGAGGGCGAUGAUUCCCCCUGUCAGACCAGUGACGAUGGAGGACUUCAUGCGUCACAAGCCGGUGAAAUUUACAAGCAAAGCAACCCCAGACGAGGCAGAUGCCUGGUUGAGGGAGUGUGAGAAGAUCUUUAGGGUGAUCAAGUGCACCGAGGCUCAGAAACUUACGUUUGCCACUUUCUUGUUGGUGACAAACGCAAACGCUAGGCAUGAGUGCGAAGCUGAGUUCCUCACCCUGCAGCAGGGGAACAUGUAUGUACAGGCGUAUGUGGAACGAUUUGAGUACAUGGCGAGGUUCUACUCGCAGGCCAUCGCUGAAGAAUGGCGUUGCAUGAAAUUUGAGGGAGGUUUGAGGCAUGAGUUGCGGCAAUUCAUUGUACCCCUGAGGGUUAGAGAGUUUCCCGUCUUGAGUAAUUGA